AUGCAGAAGAUCGCUGAAGGAGUUGCAGGCUGCAAGAGACUCCUGAAGAACACGAGGAAGAAAGAGAAAACAGCAGAGCAUCUACAGGGGGUUCGGAAGUCAUCCAGUAUGCGUCUGCUGGCGGUUUUGGCUCUGCUGUUCUGCGUAGUGGUUUGUGCGGACCAGGCAAGAGCAGAAAUGCAGGCAGUGAAGCUGUGUGGUCGGGAGUUUCUGAGGGCUGUGGUCUACACCUGUGGAGGCUCCCGUUGGAGGAGAUUCUUCAGAGAACCAGACAUGGGCGGUCUGUCUUCAGGGGAGCAGAACAGCUUGGAAAACCUUAGCAUCCCGGGAUCUAACUGGAGCAAACGGGACAUAAACAACAUCCUGACAAACUUGUGCUGUCAGGUGGGCUGCAGGAAAAGUGAACUCACCUACUUGUGCUAAUGACUAUUUGGUCUUUUAUUUUUACUCAGAGACCAAAAUAACUGCCUUGUCUCUCACCUUGCCUUAAAACCUGAAUUUCACUCUGAUGUCUAAUAUUAUGAUCGUUGUAGAAAAGAUAGUGAAUGUGGUGCAUCUGUGAAUUUUUGUGUGAAUUUGAGGUCAAUAAUUUCAUCAAUAAAUAUAUGACUGAAUAUAUUUUAAGUAGAACUUGUAUUAGAGUUUAUAGGAGUGUAUUAAUUGCAGAUCAAUUAAGACAGCCAUCUAAGACCUCUCAGAAAUUUUGUCAGGUCUUAGAUGGCAGAUAUCUAGUACCUGAUGUUUCAUAUAUUUGUGCAGAAUAAAAUAACUGUGGUGCAAAUUUGUAUAGAUUCCAAUUCUGCUUUUAUGCCUAACAUUUAUGUUUUAAAUUGUUAUAAGAAAAAUAAAUGUUCUUGCAAAUGCUUUUAGGUGUGGUGUUUUGGUCAAUACAAUAAUUUCAAUGAAAGGAGACUAUUGUUAUGCAAGAUCAUCAACUAAAAAACAUUUUGCUCACCAUCUUUUUAAUACAUGAAAAUUGAGUAAAGACAUUGAAUCAAAAGUCAGGUCAAAUUUCAAAGGCAACAACUCAUACAUAUUGCCUUCUUGUUUGACAUGCUAAAACAAAAAUAAAUAUAUCAAGUUAUAAACAGAGUA